AUGGCAGCCCACCAGGAUUCUAUACGCGAGAGGCUUCAGCCGGCGUCAGAGGAGCCGCUGUUCCUUCACCAUGGGGCGGCCUCCUGGAAUACGGAGGCUUCCGAUAACCAGGAGGACCACAGCGCCGAUAUGUCUCCAUAUUACAGCAUGCCGAAACGGAACAAGAGGAAGAACUUCAAGCCAAGGUGUGCCCCGAACGCCACGACUUUCUCUGACGACUCCAACGGGGAAAACUGUGACCUGGAGAGUCCAGUCAACGGCAUCGAGAGGACCACACCCGAGCGAAUCGGCGAGGAGGAAACGGAGGAUGGGACCUUCGCGAAAAUCGGCGUCAAAAACUUCAGCCUCCUCAAAGGGGGCGCGGUAGACUUGAGCAGGAGAUUAAGCACCGACUCAAACGAGAACAUAGACGCCAACUACCAGAAUAGGCUAAUCGACGAUAAGAAGGCAGACUCCUUCCAGCGCUCGUACAUUCACAGCUUGCACAUCAACCAGGAGGUGGAAAGGGAUAGGGCCGUGUUGAAUUUCAGCAGUUUACAGAACAAAACCUUUUGUGCCAAAAAUCCGUUCGCUAUAUCGCAGCUGAUCAAAACCAAUUCGCCACCGAGGAGAAGGGAGUCAGACUCUGACGAAGAUAAUAAAGAUCAAGACAUUAAUGCCAACGAGAGACUUGGAGACAGCCAAGAGGCGAUAGAGACGCAACAGAACGGCGAUGUAUCCAACGCAACGAACAGGAUCCUGCGUGAUUACGCAAUGAACACCAUGAAGGAGCUCCUGGGUAUAUACGGCCUGUCUUCUAACGAGGUGGCGGACGCCAUUAGCGGCCAGAUACGAGCAUUGGAAGCGCUGCAAGGCAAACCCAUUACUCAUCUGCCGUUGGGAUUGAAACGUAGACACGAUUCCGGAGACGGUGUCGAUAGGAGCUUGAGGAGGUCGUCUUCGGCGACAGAAGAUGAGGGCUCCACGAAUAUAACACCACCGAAAACACCCGAUAAUGACAUAGAAGCUCAAAGGCAAAGGGCGCUGCAAAUCAUCAACCACCAAUCCAUGAGGUUGUUUGGCAGAACUCAAUGUCAGGAGGAGGAUGGCAGUGGCUCCGAUGACGGGGACCAAACCCUCGAUCUCAGCGUGUCCAGAGAUGAUGGACAGGAGCUAUCUACCACGUCGAGCACGGGUAAUAGCGUAUCGGAAUUUGAACAACAGAAUCUACUGAUGAGAAAAAAUUUAGAAGAUUUGGCCAAUCUGCAAAUGCAGGGAUUUUUCCAGAAACAAUCGAUGAUGGACACUGACGACUCACAAGAGAGAAAACUUCAAGCUAGCGGUCUUCUAUCGGCGUUGAAUCACUUGGAUCAAGUUCGCAAGAACUCCUUACAGACGACAGUGGACUAUUCAAGAUACGUAAAAAGG